CGUGCUUGUGUGAUGUGUCGCGUCCGUCGUCGUCGUGUCAUUAUUACGUGCGUGAAGUAAGUGUCCGGUCGUUUCGGGAUUGUUCCGUUCUCCCGACGUCUUUCCGGUCAUAAUGCCGUUCCGCGAGAUGUGUUUCGUGGAACCUGAAGCACGGUGGAUGAGUUCUUCUAAUUGUGGAAGAAUAUCACUCGGCAAAAAAAUCGUUUGCGGAAAUGUGGGCGACGGCGUCGUCCGCUGAGCAAGUUUCAGACGAAGCAUUGGAAUCCUGGCGUAUGAAGAAAAUGCGGCGGCAGCAGUUCAUUCCGAGGAACCAGGAUGAGGAAACGGUACUGUUGCUACUAAUCGCGGAAGCGCUGGCCGUAAGAGACGCUGUUCUAUCGCAGAAUCCCGAGACUGUGAUCUAUAAUCUAAUGAUACUGGCCACGGUGCGCUGGAACCAAGCCGAUUCUAACGACUUCUCGGUGAAGGCGCUAAAAUUUACCUUCUGGGAGGAUCACAACUGGCAACAGUACGCUGUCUGUUUGAUCGCCAUGGGCCAUUACAAGCAUGUUGUUUGUGCCUUGAAGGAACAUUCUAACCAAUGGACAGUUUCAGUUGCCUGAUUGAUGCCCGACUAUGCUACGAACAUCUGGAUCAAAUCAAGGAAGGACUAGCCCUUGCCGAACAAGCACUGGUCAAAGAGGUCAAGAAAUUCAGGCGAUCUCAUGCUCAGCUCUACGUAGGAAUCGGUCUGCAGCAGGUGUCGAUGAAAAGGCGGUUUUAAUGGAUCCCCAUGAUCACCUGGCAGAAUACUACCUAACUUGUCAACAUUCCUUCAACCACAACAUCACCGAAGCUCUUCUUUACAUCACAAACGCGAUGUCCCUCUGGGUGGAGCACACCUUCAGUUUGCACCUGUUCAGCCAUUUCCAGGAUGUGACCGAAGCAUUCCCGGACAAUCUGCUGCACGUCAAGUCCCAUUUUGAGCUGUACCUAAAGGACGUCGAAGAGGUGCUGGAGAGGGUCCAUCUUGGCGGGAGAUGUAGGAGGUGCAGCUGGCCAAAGCCGGCAGUGAACACGACCACGAGAAGGACUGACACCAUGAAUGUUCUGCAGGUGUGAACGCUGAUGUCCAACAAGGACUCCAGUAAGUAGUGUUACCGAAUAUACUGUGUUGAUAGCGCAUUUGCCCAAAAGCUCACGCGACCUAUUAUCGAGUUAUGACGAUUUUUCAAAGUUUUACAUGGAAACAAGUUUUCAAACUUCA